UACGGAUAGGCAUCUAUGUGGAAGUGAUGUUCUUCUCUACGCAUACGAGUCGAACACAACGCCAUAUCUUUGGCGGCGAGGAAAAAUAUACGGAGACUUGGAAAGCACCUAAAAUCUUAGGCUUUUUUUUUUUUUUAUAUCUAGGAACACCUAUGGAUGCUCUUACAACAGUUGUGUUCAUCUUCUCCUAUGCAUUCUCCCUCUUAAGAAUCUCCACUGCAGUUGACACCAUAACUAGAAAUCAACACAUUAGAGCUGGUGAAACCAUCACUUCAGCGGGCGGGACCUUUGAAUUGGGUUUCUUCAGUCCAGGUAAUUCCAAGAAUCGAUACUUGGGGAUAUGGUACAAGAAAGUGGCUCCUCGGACAGUGGUAUGGGUUGCCAAUAGAGAAAGUCCACUAACUGAUUCAUCAGGAGUUUUAAAGGUCACUCAGCAGGGAACUCUUGUUCUGGUCAACGAUACUAAUGGAAUUAUUUGGAAUUCUAGUUCAUCACGUUCUGCACAGGAUCCAAACGCUCAGCUUUUGGAAUCUGGAAAUCUUGUUAUGAGAAAUGGUAAUGAUGGUGAUCCAGAAAACUUCCUAUGGCAGAGUUUUGAUUACCCAUGCGAUACUCUUCUUCCCGGCAUGAAGCUUGGAAGGAAUAGAGUAACAGGCCUGGAUCGGUACCUGUCAUCGUGGAAGAGUGCUGAUGACCCUUCUAAAGGUAAUUUUACUUAUGGGAUUGAUCUAAGUGGAUUUCCACAACUAUUAUUGAGGAAUGGUUUAGCUGUAGAGUUUCGUGCUGGACCAUGGGAUGGUGUUCGAUAUAGUGGAAUACCUCAAUUAACAAACAACUCAGUUUAUACAUUUCAUUUUGUUUCUAAUGAAAAGGAGAUAUAUUUUAUUUAUUCUCUAGUUAACAGCUCUGUUAUUAUGAGGCUUGUGUUAACUCCUGAUGGUAAAGCUCAGCGGUUCACAUAUACUGAUCAAAAAAAUGAAUGGAUUCCUUAUUCAACUGCACAGAGGGAUGACUGUGACGAUUAUGCAAUAUGUGGGGUAUAUGGAAUCUGUAAGAUUGAUGAAUCUCCAAAAUGUGAGUGCAUGAAGGGAUUUAGGCCAAAGUUCCAAAGCAAUUGGGACAUGGCAGACUGGUCAAAUGGAUGCAUUCGAAGCACUCCGCUGGAUUGUCAGAAGGGUGAUGGAUUUGUAAAGUACUCUGAUGUGAAACUGCCAGACACGCGGAACUCCUGGUUUAAUGAAAGCAUGAACCUUAAGGAAUGUGCUUCCCUGUGCUUGAGGAACUGCUCUUGCACUUCUUAUGCAAAUUCGGAUAUCAGAGGAGGAGGAAGUGGAUGCUUGCUCUGGUUUGGUGACUUGAUUGAUAUCAGAGACUUCACUCAAAACGGGCAAGAGUUUUAUGUAAGGAUGGCUGCAUCAGAAUUAGAAGCUUCUUCAAGCAUAAAAAGCAGCUCCAAGAAGAAGAAAAAGCAUGUCAUUAUCAUCUUUAUAUCAAUUACAGGAAUAGUUCUUUUAAGUCUAGUCCUGACCUUGUAUGUGCUCAAGAAAAGGAAGAAGCAACUAAAGAGAAAAGGAUACAUGGAUCAUAAUUCAAGAGAUGAAAAUAAUGAAGGCCAAGCGCAUUUAGAGUUACCAUUAUUUGACUUGGAUACAUUAUUGAAUGCCACCAAUAACUUUUCUAGUUACAAUAAGCUUGGAGAGGGUGGUUUUGGACCUGUCUAUAAGGGAAUAUUGCAAGAGGGACAAGAAAUUGCAGUGAAGAUAAUGUCAAAAACUUCUAGACAAGGAUUAAAAGAGUUCAAAAAUGAAGUUGAAUCCAUUGCAAAACUUCAACACCGAAAUCUUGUAAAGCUUCUUGGAUGCUGCAUUCAUGGCAGAGAAAGAAUGCUGAUUUAUGAAUACAUGCCCAACAAAAGCUUGGACUUGUUCAUUUUUGAUCAAAUGCAAAGCGUGGUACUAGAUUGGCCUAAGCGCUUCCUCAUUAUCAAUGGGAUUGCUCGAGGCCUUCUUUAUCUUCAUCAAGAUUCCAGACUCAGGAUAAUCCAUAGAGAUCUAAAAGCAGGCAAUAUUUUGCUAGAUGAGGAGAUGACUCCAAAAAUUUCAGAUUUUGGUAUGGCUAGAAGUUUUAGAGGAAACGAAACUGAAGCAAAUACAAAAAGAGUGGUUGGAACAUAUGGUUAUAUGUCUCCAGAAUAUGCAAUUGAUGGACUAUACUCAACAAAGUCAGAUGUUUUUAGCUUUGGUGUUCUGGUGCUAGAGAUUGUGAGUGGGAAGAGAAAUAGAGGAUUUUCUCACCCAGACCACUCCCUUAACCUUCUUGGGCAUGCAUGGACAUUGUACAUGGAAGGCAGGUCUAUGGAGCUGAUUGAUACAUCAGUUGGGGACAUGCAUGAUCUAUCACAAGUGUUACGUUCGAUCAAUGUGGGACUCUUAUGCGUACAGUGUAGUCUAGAUGAUAGACCGAGCAUGUAUUCGGUGGUUCUGAUGUUGAGUAGCGACGGUGCACUACCUCGGCCUAAAGAGCCUGGUUUUUUCACUGGAAGGGAAGCAAAGUCCUCCUCAAGCAAUCAGGGGCCAUCUUCAGGCAAUGGGGUCACCAUUACAAUGUUAGAUGGUCGAUAGAAGACAUUCAUGUUGAUGUUCAUUGUCUUAAAGCAAGCCAUAUUUUGCAAGAUGAGGAGAUGACUCCAAAAAUUUCAGAUUUUGGUAUGGCUAGAAGUUUU